UGUAGCUAUAAAGAACAGAUUCAAAGAAAACUGCUUUACACUAUGUAAAAUUCGUGAAUCUGAUUCGUGUAUGCUCUUGGAUUCAGCUAAAUUUAAGAGCAUAUGCCAAUUAGAUUUACGAAUUUUAUAACAGCUAUAAAGCAGCUUUUCUGCUGAGCGCAACUAUUGUUUAGAUCACCAUGCUUCAGUCUAUUCGGUGUUUAUUUUGGCUCUAUAUAGCAAGUCUCAGAUUUCUUUUCGAUAUAGAUUUCAUAAAUUAACUAUAUCUGUGAACUAUAAAUAGUGAAUAGUAAAUUAACCAUAUCUGUGAGAAAAUAAAAUAAUCCUUGAGCAUUAUCAUGUCAGAUGAUUUAAAGUCAGUUCGAAAAAUUAAGAGGGAAAAUGUGAAAAAGGCUAUAGACCUUAUCAUUAAAACAAAUGCAGAGAAAAGAAAUAAUAGAGUUACAAAUCAAAUUUCAAGCAACAACAAAGUUGCUUUUUACUGCAACAAGUAUAAGAAUAUCAAGAAAAGAAAACGGAUAUCAGUCGUAGGAUUUUCAAAAAGUUUAGCAUUAUCAGAAAUGCAACUAUACAUUGCACGACAGGACUGGAAGCAUGCAAUACACUUACUUCCUACACUUCUUGAAUAUUCUAAUGAAAUUGAACCUUUAGUGUGGAAGUACAUGUUUAUAAUUGUAUUGCACAUGAAUGAUUCAUCACAUCUUCGUGAAUUUUUUGAGCAAUGUGCUGGUAUUCAUGGUUCGAGUAUUAGUAUAUUUUUAGAAAGGUUGCUAUCAUUACCACUUCAGGAAAAUAAUUAAUCUUGAAAUAAAAUAUAUUAUGUUGAGACAUAUUUAUGGAUUAUAACAAUGGCAGAACGUAAUGCAACAAAAUCCAUACGCCAAACAUUAACAAACUUAUUAAUAUCGUUGCUUCGAUAUGUCAAUAUACGAUAUUUUUUCAUAUUUCUCUUGAUAUAACAGUUUGAUAACGUAUGGAUAUCAAUGAUGAUGAUCGAACUUAUAAUGUGCAUGAUAAGUUGCUGAAGCAGCAGUAAUAAAUACACGGAUGAAAGAGAAUUCAGUAGAGUGAAGAACGCUGGUCAGUCGAGAGAUGGAAAAAAUGUUUUUUUACCGGAUCAGAAUGCCAUCUAUUAGGCAGAGGUGGCCUUCGCUGGUCGUACACGACUAAUUUACGCAUUUCUUCUAUGGAGGGUUCUUGAUUACUGCUUGAUAGCCAUUCACUGUAUGGCAUCGCAUAUUCUAACACUACACCAUUACUUAUACAUCUGAGGCAAACUUCCCACAAUAUCAGUCCUAAACUGUAGACGUCUGCUCGUCUGAAGCUCUCUAAACAUUCAACGUUCAUCCUGAAAACACGCAGAAAAUAUUGUGAACAUAUGUAGAUAACUUGUACAAUAGGUAUAAAAUAAAGACUUCAGACUUUAUAACUUUCA